CAGGUAGAGGUGUAGAGUAUGAGGAGGGAGAGGGAAGGGUUAAAGGCAUUAUUGCGGCCAUUAGAAGGAAAAGUUGUGGCAAUACAAGCACAGUAGACUUCUCUUCCCCCCCCCCCCCCCCCGCCCCCCUCCUUUUCUUUCCCCUACUCCUCUCUUCCCAAGCUGGAUCAGUGUGUAGGGAGGGCAGUCAUCACGCCAUCCUGAGCAGCAAGAGCUGACAUUGGACGAAGCUGCCAGGUAGCUGAAAAAAGGCACAGAAGGCAGCUGAUACCCACUUUUCAACGGUUUGUGUUUUUUUUAGUCUGUAUCUGGACUUCAAGCAACACAGCGCCUGAGACAGCUCAUCUGAACCACGCUGUAUUGCAAUACUCGCUCUUCUCAAAGAAAAAGACUCCACUGAGCAGCAGAAUGCUGCCAGUGUCGCAGCCAGGUCUACAACACAGAGCCUUUUUGUAACAUUGCACAUUUCUUUCUGUUCAGAUAUUUGAAAUACAUACAUACACUUAUAUAUCAGUUCUUUCUUUUCUGAGGACACCUUUGGCUUUCUUUUUUUUUUCCCUGAUGUGACUUCUUCAUCUUGGAAUGAUGGGGAUCUUUCUAGCUUAUAUUGGAUUCAUUUUCUUUUCAGUUAUGUAUAUUCAACAAGGACUUUCUACCCAAGCAAAAUUCACAGAGUUUCCCCGAAAUGUCACGGCCACUGAAGGGCAGAAUGUGGAGAUGUCUUGUGCUUUCCAAAGUGGCUCUACUUCGGUGUACCUUGAAAUCCAGUGGUGGUUUCUGCGGGCAGCUGAGGACCCAGAGGCUGGAGCUGAGGUGACAGGCACUCAGAUGGAGUUCCUGCCCGAGCGGGACCUGGACAACGACGGCACGAAGAUCAGCACAGUGAAAGUACAAGGGAACGACAUCUCCCACAAGCUGCAGAUUUCAAAAGUGAGGAAAAAGGAUGAAGGCUUGUAUGAGUGCAGGGUGACCGAUGCCAACUAUGGAGACCUUCAGGAAUACAAGGCCCAGGCGUUUCUCAAAGUCAAUGCUAACAGCCACUCUCGGCGAAUGCAAGCCUUUGAGGCAUCCCCAAUGUGGUUGCAAGACAUGAAACCUCGUAAAAACAUCUCAGCAGCUGUCCCAAGUAGCAUCCACAAUUCUGCCAAUCAGCGUGUACGUGCCACCUCCAGCCCCGAAGCAGCAGCCAAAAUCCCCAAACAAAGUCCACAAUCAGCAAAGAGCAAAUCGCCUGUAAAAUCCACGGAGCGGACAGCAAAGUUGACCCUAACCUCCAACCACCACUCUGCACCCAAUGUACUCUAAAUCUCUACACAAGGAGCACCUUCUUCAGGAAGUACAAACAAAAUUACUAAAUAAAUAAAAUAAAAUAAAAUAAAUAUUAUAAAAAAGAAGAGGAUACCACAUGUUUUCUUGAUAUAUCUUAUUUUCUUUGGCUUAUCACUGAUAUUUUCUUUGAAGAGAACUGGUGUGAUGUAAUCAAACGUUUUGUAACAGCAAGACCUAGUUUCCUUUUCUUUCGGCAAGGAGAAGCCUCAUCCUUGACUUCUCAGGGGUUGGCCUGCGAGUCCUCAGUAUUACAGAAUUAACCAUGGAUGACAUUUGGUUUCCUACGCUGAAGGAACCGUUCCAGCCUGGAAGCAAAAAGAGGCCAAAUAAUGAAACAAACUAUAGUGAUUGAACAUAAAUAGAAUACACACAAACUUUAUCAAAAAGUCUUUUUUUCCUUUUCUUUUUUUUUCUUUUUUUUGUUUUUUUUUUCAUGAGGAGUAGGAAUAUUCUACUAAGCAGCUCAGCAGAUGAGGGGAUGUUGUUUCUGAAAAACCUUGAAAAACCUAUAAGGAUAUUUUUCUUUUGAGUUUUUUUUUUGUUUUUUUUUUUUUUGCUUUCCAGUAUAUUAUUCUUUCCCCCCUUUGAGGUUUUUUUCCUGUCUUUCUGUUUGUUUCUUGUUCAGUGAUGGCAAGUACCAACUUAGGCCAACCCCUGAUGACUACGUGGAGGUUUAUAUAUAUACAUCCCUUUUUCUGUGUGUGUGCGUUCUAUAUUUCAGUGUGUUUUCUCUAAUUUUGCAACUCCUGUAUAUGCAAAACCAACUUAAAUUCUGUAAAUUGCUUACAGUCUGUGUGAUAUAACUUCAGAGUAGACAUACUUUGGUCCUCAUGCAAGCCAGUUUUUAAUAUUAUCUAUAUGUCGUGCCACCAAGAAACAUCUUUAUUUCCUUUUUUGACAAAACACCACUUUUUAGUUUUUAAUUCAGUAAUGUGUGGAUUUUGUAAUGCAUAUCUUCACUUUGACUGGUUUGACCCCCUUCAGCCCUCUGUUUACUCUGUAAAUGCACAUUAAAAUUUGUUAUGGUCUCUAGACAAUGAAUUAUUUUAGUUUGUAUGUUGUGUUGAAGUUCAGAUGCUGAAAGCUCUUUGAACUUGUGAUGUUUAUAGAAGAUGAAGUGAUUCAAUCACUAGAGACUGUAAAAUGCAGCUUUGCAGUCAAAUGCUGUGCAUAAAGGAAGGUUAGAAACAGAAAACAGACAAAUAAACCAGAACAUGUCUUUAAGGAUGUUCCUUUGGUAAAGAGUUCUAGGAAAGUGAAUUUCUUACACUGAUAAAAUAUAUUUGCAUCACAGCUCCUUCUACAUGGCCAAAGAAGUGUCUUUCUUUGCUUUUUCUGAAAGUGGAUUGUCAUUACUCAUUGAUAUUCUUAAUUAAAAUACUUUUUGUCUGUGAACUGAA